GCUCCGAGCCCCGCGGCGAGCGGCUGGCUGCGAGUGGCUGCGCGCGAAGCAUGCUCCGGGGACCGGCGGCCGUAUGGGCCACGCUGGGCCCGCUGCUUUGGGCCUGCGGGCUGGCGCUGCAGGGCGGGAUGCUCUACCCUCGGGAGAGCCCUUCGCGGGAGCGCAAGGAGCUCACCGGCCUCUGGAGCUUCCGUGCCGACUUCUCCGAGAACCGGCGGCAGGGCUUCGAGCAGCAGUGGUACCGGGCGCCGCUGCGCGAGUCGGGCCCCACCCUGGACAUGCCGGUUCCCUCCAGCUUCAAUGACGUGGGCCAGGAUAGGCAGCUGCGGAGCUUUGUCGGCUGGGUGUGGUACGAGCGGGAGGCGGCUCUGCCCCAGCGGUGGACUCAGGACCUGGGCACCAGAGUGGUGCUGAGGAUUGGCAGUGCCCACUACUAUGCCAUUGUGUGGGUGAAUGGGGUCCACGUGGCAGAGCAUGAGGGGGGCCAUCUCCCCUUCGAGGCCGACAUCAGCAAGCUGGUGCAGAGCGGGCCCCUGUCCUCUUGCCGCAUUACCAUUGCCAUCAACAACACGCUCACCCCUCACACUCUGCCGCCAGGGACCAUCCUCUACAAGACGGAUACCUCCAGGUACCCCAAGGGUUACUUUGUCCAGAAUAUAAACUUUGACUUCUUCAACUACGCGGGACUGCAUCGACCCGUGCUCCUCUACACGACACCUACCGCCUACAUUGACGACAUCACUGUCCACACUGGCGUGGACCAAGACACUGGGCUGGUGGAUUACCAGAUCUUUGUUCAGGGCAGUGAACACUUCCAACUGGAAGUGUGUCUUCUGGAUGAGGAAGGCAAAGUCGUGGCCCAGGGGACAGGGGGUCGGGGCCAGCUGCAGGUGCCCGGUGCCCACCUCUGGUGGCCUUACCUGAUGCAUGAGCACCCUGCCUACCUGUACUCGUUGGAGGUGAGGCUGACUGCGCAGAUGGCAGGUGGACCUGUGUCAGACUUCUACACUCUCCCCGUGGGGAUCCGCACGGUGGCUGUCACGGAGCAGCAGUUCCUCAUCAAUGGGAAGCCGUUCUAUUUCCACGGGGUCAACAAGCACGAGGACGCAGAUAUCCGAGGGAAGGGCUUUGACUGGCCACUGCUGGUAAAGGACUUCAACUUGCUCCGCUGGCUCGGUGCCAACGCCUUCCGCACCAGCCACUACCCCUACGCGGAGGAGGUGAUGCAGCUCUGUGACCGCUACGGGAUCGUGGUCAUCGAUGAGAGUCCGGGUGUGGGCAUCGUGCUGGUAGAGAGCUACAGCAACGUGUCCCUGCAGCACCACCUGGAGGUGAUGGAGGAGCUGGUGCGCAGGGACAAGAAUCACCCGGCUGUUGUGAUGUGGUCUGUGGCCAACGAGCCUACUUCCUUCCUGAAACCUGCUGGUUACUACUUCAAAUGUGUGACGCUGAGCAUCGUUUCGUGUGUCCCUCAGUGCAACAGCGCGCGCAGCUUCCCAGGGGCCGCUGCGCCAGGGGGUGGGGAGGGACGCGUGUGGUCCAGCAGCCGAGUGAGCCAGUCUGACCUUUUGAUUCCGGUCUGUGGUUCCGUUUUAAAAGCUCAGAUUGCCAGCCUGGACUUACUGGACCAGAAUUCCAGAAUCCAGGCACCCGGGCUGAGCGAGUCCAGAGCUGUGGCCUCCGCCUUCGUCAGGACCCUUCCCGCCUGUCGGGUCCUGGACCUCCCUCGCCUCCGGGAGCUCUGCGUGGCCCUUCUCAGCCCCAGCUCUGGCUCUGCGCGCUCCCGCGUUGCGCUUACAGCUGGAGUCUUUGUCAGAUUCUUAACUUCUCUCUGCCUUGAAUUCCAGGACCCACCUCUGAUGUUCAGUGAGGAAUACCAGAAAGGUGUGCUGGAGCAGUAUCAUUUGGUUCUGGACCAAAAACGCAAAGAAUACGUGGUUGGCGAGCUCAUCUGGAAUUUUGCCGACUUUAUGACUAACCAGUCACCGCAGAGAGUAAUGGGGAACAAAAAGGGGAUCUUCACACGUCAGAGACAACCAAAAGGGGCGGCGUUCCUUUUGCGAGAGAGAUACUGGAAACUUGCCAAUGAAACCAGGUACGGCCGGCCAGCUUCGAAGUCACAGUGUUUGGAAAACAGCCCGUUUACUCUUUAAAGCAAGAACUCCCUCUGCUGACAGAGCAGAUCACGGCCCCUCGUCCACAGGUAAGGGCCGGCUUCCAUGGCGGUCCUCCACUGUGCACGGCAGACUGGGACAUUUCCGGCCCGGAGCCUGUACUAAUUUACCAGAAGGGAAUGUUAGAGGUGAAAAUAAAGGCUUUUGUAGUGUGGGAAUAAAGACUUGUCUUAAAAGUGA